UCAACAUUGUUCUGUUGAAGGUUAUACUUAGCUCUGAACCACAUUACUUUCCUGUCUACGUUUCAUUUCCUGGGGUCUUGCCAAGUGAUAAACAGACCCAGGCGUGCAGCAGGUUUGGGGUUUUUCUGCACAAACAGGGUAGCUGGAGUUUGCUUCAAGGCAUCAAUUGACUUCUGUGAUCGUGGAGAUGCUGGCGUGAGGCCUUCAGGAGACGAUGGACAAAAAAUGGACAUAUUGUGCUGUCUGUUCCAUCAUCCAGAUACAUUUUGUCAGGGGAGUAUGGGGAAAAGCAUCCAAUGAAGAAGACAUCUAUGCUUUCCCUGGCUCUGAUGUCAACUUGACCUGCCAAACAUGGAAGAAAGACUUGUUGGUACAGAUGCAAUGGUCCAAGGUCACUGACAAGUUGGACCUGAUUGCUCUUUAUCAUCCCCAAUACGGCUUGCACUGUGCCAAUGACAGUCCCUGUGAAUCACUGGUGACUUUCACAAAAACUCCCAGAAAUGUGUCAAAAUGGACCCUGCACUUAAAGAACGUGUCCUCUUCAUUCACCGGGAAGUAUGAGUGUAGCUUUACUCUGUUUCCAGAGGGUGUUCGGACUAAAAUCUACAACCUGCUCAUUCAGACAAAUGCUACACAGGAUGAACGGAGAAGCAGCCAUUUAAUAGAAGUACAGAUAAAUCAGACUCUGGAAAUACCAUGCUUUCAAAAUAUCUCCUCAGCAAUUUCGUCUGAGUUCACCUUUGCAUGGUUGGUGCAGGAAGAUAACGGAACUCAGGAAGCAUGUAUCACCCAAGGUCACUCCAUCAGCAAUUCCACACUAUUUAAAGACAGAGUCAAGCUAGGUACAGACUAUAAACUCUACCUUUCUCCAAUCCAAAUCCACGAUGACGGCCGGAAGUUCUCCUGCCACGUUAUGGUCAGACCUGGUAAAACCUUGAGGAGCUCCACCACAGUCAAGGUUUUUGCUAAGCCAGAAAUCCCCAUGAUUAUGGAAAAUAACUCUACGGAUGUCUUGGGAGAGAGAACAUUUACCUGCUUCCUGAGGAAUGUAUUUCCCACAGCAAAUCUCACGUGGUUUACAGAAGGAGGCUUUCCUCAAGGUGAAAAAGAAGAAAUAUACAUUACUAAUGAAGAGAGAAAAGACAAAAGUGGAUUUUGGGAGCUGAAGUCUGUUUUGACAAGGGUGUAUGGUAAUAAGCCAGCCCAACCAAACAACCUGACCAUCUGGUGCAUGGCUAUGUCUCCAGUCCCUGGAAAUAAAGUGUGGAAUAUCUCAUCUGAAAAGAUCACUUUUUCCUUGGGCUCCCUGAACCCUCCGACAGACUCUCCGCUUAAUGUUGUCACACGUACCCUUGUCACCCGAACUUCUCCAGCCAACAGAGUAUCUCCUACAAGAUAUCCAGCUACAUCAUCAACAACCCUUGGAGACGUGGGUACAUCGACUCCAAAUACCAUCCCUCAAACCAGCAAUUCCAAUGCGACUACCCAAGGCUUCAACUACUGGACCUCGAGCGGGAAAGAUACCAAAAACUGUACACGUGACUCAGCUCCAUGGAUGCCCAGUGAAACAGACAGUUCAUCCCCCUCAGGUGUAGGCUCAACAAUUCGAGGUGAUGUCUUCACCAGCACAACCAGAACAUCUUCAGAAGUUCCCACAACUGCCAAAUCUACUAACAGCAGUCACAUCCAUAUCACUGGUAUCGUGGUUAAUAAACCUAAAGACGGAAUGUCCUGGCCAGUGAUCGUAGCAGCCUUGCUCUCUUUCUGCAUGGCAUUGUUUGGUCUUGGAGUGAGAAAAUGGUGUCAAUACCAGAAAGAAAUCAUGGAAAGACCCCCGCCUUUCAAGCCACCUCCACCCCCCAUCAAGUACACUUGCAUUCAAGAGUCCAUUGGAAGUGAUCUGCCUUGUCACGAGAUGGAGACACUCUAGUCCCUUGAGAUUUUGCCAUAGAGAACUCGGCUAGAAUCCUGCAAGAAGGUGGACAUUGUGCUUUAUGAAUAUAGUUGCCCUCGAGCCAAGCCUGUACUGCAGCUGAAGUGGAUGUCAGAAGUGAAUGACCUGUUUUCCCAGCAACCCACCCUCUUUCAUCUGCACAUGCCUGAAAUUGAGCUAGAGUGAGAGGUUAUGUCACACCCAUACCCAAUGCAAUCUGCAGAGAUUUUCUUGUUUAUGUAAGAAGUGCAAAUCAGACUGCUGUUGUUAAAAAGUA